CCCCCGGCCGCCCCCGCCGGUGCCCCGGCCCCGUCCGGUCCCUCCCCGGCCUCGGGGCUGGGCCGCUGCCGGGCGGCGCUGGUCCUGGCCGUGGCCCUGGACGUGGCCGGCCUGGCCGCCCUGCUGACCGGCGUCUUCGCGCGGCUGCAGGCCCACGGCCGGGACUUCGGGGACCUGCUCAUCUACUCCGGGGCCAUCCUGGUCUUCCUCAGCCUCCUGGGCUGGAUCUUCUGGUACACGGGCAACAUCGAGAUCUCCCGCCUGGAGCUGCAGCGCGACUACGGGCUCCGGCCCGGGACCCUGGCCCGCCUGGCCCGCAAGCUGUCGCGGCGCUGGUCCCGGCAGCAGGGCGCGGGGGGCGCCGCCGGAGGGGGGGCCGCCGCCCGGCACAAGCGGGGACCCCCGCCCGGUCGUCGCGUCAGGCUGCAGCUCGGCGAGCUGAAGGGCGAGGCGGCCGGGGCCGCCGCCGCCGCCGCCCUCCACUGAAGGGGCAGAGGCCCCUCUCCCCCCAACCACCGCAUUGAUAGCAGAGACCCUCUGAGGAGACGGCGCAGAGACGGAGGGGGAGAUGGGGAAGCACACCUGGGAAUGGAACUCCCAGGUCAGAGACCUCCUUCUUAUCCAUCAGCUCCUCUCAGUCCCCAUUUCUCUUCCACUUCCCUGCCCUUUGCCGUUUAAAUUGUGUGAACUUCCA